AACAGCCUCCAAGAGAAACCGGUUCCAGUCCAGCUCCUGCUACUCUCCACCCACCAUGAACAUGAACAUCAACACAAGUUUCUGUGCACUGGCCCUCCUGCUUCUCUUCGCCGUGUGCUCUCAGGCCUUCUCUGGACCAGUGGGAGGUGAUCCCCCUACGUCCUGCUGCUUCAGCUACGCAUUAAGGAAAAUCCCACGCAAUUUGCUGGAAUCCUACUAUGAAACCAGCAGCAGAUGUUCUCAACCAGCUGUGGUGUUCAUUACAAAGAAAGGCCGGAAUAUCUGUGCCAACCCCACGGAGCAAUGGGUUUCAGACCAUGUGACUUACUUGGAACUCAACUGAGCGGAGCUGGAGAUAGAGUCACUUCCAGUUGGGGCCAAAGGCCAUUGUGCCCCCCCCCCCCAUGAUUUCCUGUCAAGUCAAACAAAAAUAUUACCUUGAGCCUGCAUUGUCAUUUUCCGGGGGUGGGUGGGUGUAGUUAUGUAUUGACCAACUCAGGGAUUUGUGAUGAUAAUUUAAGUUGUUUUGCCCAAGCUGAGGCUAUUAUUCCUGUUAAUUAUUUUAUUUAAGUAAGCAGCCUUUUAAAAAUAUUUUUUAAUGUAUUUAUAUGUGCGUGCGUGUGUUGUGUAGAA